UGCAUUAUCUCCUUCAUGCCCCCACCCUUUCUGACUCCGCCCACCAACCUCCGUCUUCCAUCUCUCUCGCCCCGCCAGUGUGGACCGCCUGUGGAGCGUUACCUGGUCUCUGCAUUACCGAAACAACAACAACGGCAAGAAAUCCAUGCUGAUCAUUAUCGCAACAUGGUUAUACGUGUCUAUUAUCUGGUUCCCUGUCUUCAUUUACGACCGCGUGCUUCACCAAUACGACGUCGGGGUCUGUCUUUGGGACACCGUGCUCAACAAGAAUCUGGUCGUGUAUGUAGGUAUGUUGGGCUACUACUUACCUCUGCUUGUUAUGGUGGGCGCCUACAUGAAGAUCCUAUGGGUCGUGAAAAAGAGGGCGGCCUCCAUCAGGGACGCUGGAAAGAAGGAGGUUCCUACGACCAGCCAACCCGUCGAAAGCGACUCGGGCACAGGCGAGGCGGGCGGUUCGGGCGGCGCGGGCGGUUCCUCUGAUCAGAAGAAGCUGGUUUCGGCGCCGGUCAAGGAUGACAAGCAGGAGGCCAAGCUCAAGCGGGAGAUGAAGGCUGUCUAUACACUCCUCAACAUCGUCAUUAUCUUCCUGAUCUGCUGGGUGCCGUUUUACAUUCUCUUCGUGCUGAGCGCUUGGUUCCCGACACUGUUCCCAGAAUGGUACGUGACCUUCAGUUACUGGAUGGCCUACAUCAACUCGGCGCUCAAUCCUAUUUUGUACCCGCUCUCUUCGCUGGAAUUCCGGGCAGCGUACAAAAAGGUUUUCCACACUAUUUUCUGCCGGAAAUAAGUUUCAUAGAGAGAAAAUGUAAUGAUUUAUUGAUCUAUUUAUUUUCCUUCAGUUACUGGAUAGCCCACAUCAACCAGGCGUUCAGUCUAUUUUGUACCCGCUCUCUUUGCUCGAAUUCAGGGCAGAGUACAAGGUUUUCUACACUAUUUUUUCGGAAAUAAAUAAAGAUUAAUUUAUUUAAUGUGUAUUUUGGUACGUUUUGAAUGUGUUAUUAUACCCUAUAUCCUUAGGCAUUACGAAGAAGAUAUUGUAAGUGUAAAAAUCUAAUCGUUUAAGGUAAUGUGUUAUAACAUAGGUACAUCUAACAUGGUAUUAGUACAUGAUUAGAUUUUACUUAGAUCAGAGGUUGAUUAAAGCAAUGAGAAAAGUCGUAGUAAUUUGUAGUCAAUGAAUGGUAGCCUUUUU